UCCCCUGGCGCAACCCGAGGCCACAGGCACAGAGAAUGGAUGUAUUGCUUUGGUAUCCCCUUCCGAGAGGAGCCCUCCCCAACUGCCCUGGGCUGACCGAGGCUUUCCCUGCUGCUCCCUAAGCUGGCAGUGUCCCCCGGCCCCUCUCUGUCGCUCAGCAGCCCCCGCUCAGUGCUGUCCCAUCGCUGUCCCCAUCCCGCUCUCCUCAAAGUCUGUCCCACAGCCCCGAGCGCUGCCUCACGCACGCACUGCACUCCUUCCCCUGCUCCCAUCUCCUCCUCCUUCCCGGCUCCCCGUCCCCAGAUGGGAGGACAGAGGACAACACUGCCUGCAUUCCCGAUCCCUUGCACAUCGUUCCCAGGGACAAAAGCUCUCUCUGCACACUUCGCUGUGCCCACAUCGCAGCCUCACGCAGCCCUGCAUGGAAGGACAGCGAUGGGCAGAAGUCCCCAUUCAGACCGAGCCCCAUCCCCUCAUCCAAAGGAGAUCUUUGCCCCCCAGCUACGUUUGCUGAUGGCUGUGCGGUUUCCACACUCGGCCAGCAGUGGCUCAGCACAGGAGCUCCUGCAGCACUUUGCAUUGGGGCUGUUUGUGGAGCAGUGCCAUCUGUGAUCCCAGCACCGCCCUCCUCCUGAGCUGCCUCUAAAAGCGCUGCUGAGCUGCACAGCGGUUCCAGCCCCGGCCCUGCUGUGCAGGAGGAGAGCAGGAGCAGCACAGUGCAGCAGUCAGACCUGGGGACACAGCGCAGCGCUGCUUCGGCUCCCGGUGUGAGUGUGAGCGCUCUCCCGAUGGCAGGACGUCGCAGAACAGGGUCCCAGCUGGGGAUAUUGCUGGUGGGCAAGACGGGGAGUGGGAAGAGUGCGACAGGGAACACCAUCCUUGGGAAGGAGGCAUUUCAUUCUACAGUGUCAGCACAGUCGGUAACCCAAGACUGCAAGAAAGCUGAAGGCCUCUGUGCUGGAAGACCAAUUGAAGUUGUUGACACUCCUGGCGUAUUUGAUACAAGGGAGGCCAAUGAAAAAACAGCUGAAAAGAUUAAGAAUGCCUUUCAGUUCCACUGUGCAGGGGUCCAUGCCAUCAUCCUGGUGAUGCAGCUGGGCCGAAUCACUAAGGAAGAGCAGGAAGUGGCUGAGUGGGUGACCAAGAUUUUCCAUACUAAAGCACAGAAGUACACAAUCCUGUUAUUCACCCGAGCAGAAGAGCUGCAGAACCCAGAAGACCUGGAGGGUUUCAUAGAAGGGAGCCCAUACCUCAAGGGGCUGGCAGCCAAGUGUGGAAAUCGGUACAUCGGUUUCAGCAACAGAGCCACUGGGGAGGUGAGGGAUCGGCAGGUUGCAAAGCUCAUCAACAUGAUUGAUGCCAUGGUAGAGAAGAAUCGUUGUGCUCCACAUUACACGCGAGUAAUGCUGGAGGAAGACACACGGACCUUCUUUGAAAAGUUUUGUACCAUCCUGUAGGCAGCGAGGGGUUCGGACUGGGAGGCGACGUCUCCCCCGCAGUGCCGUCCCUGCUGUGCUCUCCUUCCUCGCUUGCAGUUCCCAUCCUUCCCCCCACGCCCUGCGCUUUCCCCCGCCCUGCGUGGCCUCUUUCCCCACGGGC